AUGGGUGAGAUGAUAAUUACCAAUGACAAAUACUUGAUGAGCGAAAGUAGUGGUACCUACUAUAGUGUUCAAAUGAAAUUGGUAAUCAAGAAGUUUCACAAAACUGAUCUUGGAGGAUACAAGUGCAUAUCCAAAAAUUCCAUUGGAGAUGCUGAAGGCAACAUCAGAUUAUACGAAAUGGAACUACCCUACAGAGCCAAAAGCGCCCUGGACCGCCUCGACCUAGAAACAGAUUCCAGCUCCGACCAAAAUUCAAAUGAAGAAGACGAAGGCCAAUCCGAAAACCGUUUAUAUAGUGGGUACCAAGGACCCCUUAGAGAACAGGGGUCCCAUGGAGGUCCAGAAGGCACAUCUAAUGAUUCCACAUCCAUUUCAAUCAGAACGAUACACAAAUUUCUGAUUCUGAUGGUAUCCUCGAUUUUGGUCUUUGUAAGAAACCAUGGAGAUGUAAGAUAUGUAACGCGGUGA